CGCCAACUAGGAAGAUGUCCUUUAGAACAUGGUAGGCUUCCCCAUGUUCACGUGAUUUGUUUUUUGGGUUCUUUUGUUUUCUUGUUUUCACCACUAUUCCUAUAUAAUUCCACUUUCCCCCCACACACCUUUCACUCCUUCACUCUCCACUCCCAUUAAAAAGAAAAGAAAAAAGAAAAAAGAAAAAAAAAAAGAAACAAAUGGAGCCUUCAAAAUUACACUCCCUCCUCCUAAUUUGCAUGGUUUUGGUGUCCUCAGCCGCCCCCAUGCUGGGCUGCGGCUCCUGCGGCAACCCGCCAAAGAAGCACAAGCCCAGCCCUGGCUCCAAGUCCCCCAAGGGCCCCAUUGGCCUCCCGCCCGUCAUCGUUAAGCCGCCGGGCGGUCUCCCACCCAUCGGUCUCCCACCCGUCAAGCCACCCGUGGACCUCCCGCCAGUUGGCUUGCCACCCGUGACGGUGCCCCCCGUCAAGCCGCCCGUGGACCUCCCGCCAGUUGGCUUGCCGCCUGUGACGGUGCCCCCGGUGCUGGGAAAGCCAUCGCCGUCGGGAAAGCCGUGCCCGCCGAAGGGGAAAGAGACGUGCCCAAUUGACACGCUGAAACUGGGAGGGUGCGUGGAUCUGUUGGGAGGGCUGGUGCACAUUGGGUUAGGGGACCCUGCGGCCAACGAGUGCUGCCCUGUGCUUGCAGGGCUGGCUGAGGUGGAAGCCGCGGUCUGCCUUUGCACUACCCUUAAGAUCAAGGCUCUUAACCUUAAUCUCUAUGUCCCUAUUGCCCUUCAGCUCCUAAUCACCUGUGGCAAGACCCCUCCUCCUGGCUACACUUGCUCCCUUUAGAAACAACACAGGGUUGAUUGAUGGUAUCCAAAUGGAGCCGACAUGAGAGGAUGUCGAGUCAAAUCUUUGUCUUUGUCUUUUCUCUCUCUUUCUCUUUUUUUAUUUCUAUUUAUUUUAUUUUUGUUGAAUUGGAAUUGCUAAUGUUAUUGUAAACCAUUUGUUUCUAAAUUGUGAUAAUUGUUGUUAUGUUGUGUUAUGGAUUAGGCAGAGAAAGCAAAUCUCAGAUGCCUUUGUGUUUCCUUUAAUUUUUUUUAUGUGUCCCUCCCUCAUUGAUUUAGUAAUUUUAAUUCAAUCAUUCAGAAUCUUCUUGUUA